CGUGAAGUAUUAUUAUUUUUUAAGUUGAAGUUAGUUUUUUUUAAUUUUUGCUGUAUCUUUCGAUUUAUAAAUAAUUUUGUGAUCUGUAUAUGUUCCGCGUGUGUUUCGCUUUUGAAAAAUAAAUAAACAUGAAAACAAAAAAAUUGUACGUUUCGGGGAAAAAAACUUAUCAAAACGAUUUGGACGAGGGAGGUUCUUUGAAUUAUUUUCGUUUGUAUCGAUUUGCAACAAAAUGUGAUGUCAUUCUUAUACUCAUUGGCAUCCUUUUCACUGUUUUAAAAUCAGUGGCCAUGCCAAUAUUGAUCAUUGUGUAUGGUGAAUUUACAACAUUGCUGGUCGACCGUACGUUGGGCAUUGGAACAAGUUCAACGACAAUAUUUCUGCCAUUAUUUGGUGGUGGACAAAUAUUAACAAAUGCAACUAAAGCUGAAAAUAGCGAAGCAAUUAAAAAAGAUUCAAUUGCGUAUGGGAUUUUAUUGACGAUGGCAUCACUAUUGCAUUUAUUGGCUGGCAUUAUAUGUGUUGAUUGUUUCAAUCAUACGGCGCUACGUCAAAUUACUCGCAUUCGUGUUGAAUUCUUUAAAUCAAUGAUGCGACAGGACAUCGGUUGGUAUGAUGUUGCGGGUAGCAAUAAUAAUGUUGCCGUUCGAAUCACCGAAGAUAUUGAGAAAAUUAGAGACGGAAUAGCCGAAAAAGUUUCUCACUUUCUGUUUUUGGUUAUUGGAUUUAUGAUAUGUGUUGUUAUGUCGUUCAUUUACGGAUGGAAAUUGUCGCUCGUUGUGAUAUCGUAUGUGCCUAUUGUUAUUUUAACAAAUUAUAUCAUUGGAAAGUUUCAAACAUCGUUAUCAACAAAGGAACUGAAUUCGUAUUCGGCGGCGGCAAACGUUGCCGAAGAAGUAUUGAGUGGUAUUCGUACUGUUUUUGCAUUUGGCGGUGAGAAAUCAGAAAUUGAACGUUACAAUAAACGAUUGAUAAACGCAAAAAAAGCAGUCAAAGUAAAAGGAUUACUUGCCGGACUUGGAGAUGGGAUCAUGCGUUUUCUAUUUUUCGGUAGCAAUGCGCUUGCUUUUUGGUACGGGGUUAAACUGGUUCUAGAGGAUCGUAAUAAAGUUGACAAGGAAUAUACACCAGCUGUUUUAAUGAUUACAUUCUUCGGUUUGAUUUCUGGCGCUGAAAAUAUUGCGAAAACAGCUCCGUUCUUGGAAUCUUUUGCUGCAGCAUGCGGUAGUGCUGCUGGUAUAUUCAGAGUUAUUGAUCGUUCUUCCAAAAUUGAUUCGAUGUCAAGUGAUGGAAAAGUGCCGAAUUCCGGAAUUCACGGGAAUAUUGCAUUCAAAAAUAUCCAAUUCAGUUAUCCAUCUCGUCCAGAUGUUCAGAUUCUGCGUGGAUUAGAUUUUGAAAUCGAAGCUGGGCAAUCCGUAGCGCUGGUUGGCGAUUCCGGUAAUGGAAAGUCAACUUGUUUGCAAUUGCUGCAGAGAUUCUAUGACCCCGAUGAUGGUCAAGUUCUGAUCGAUGGCUGUGAUAUACGCACAUUGAAUAUCAACAUGUUGCGUUCGAAUAUAGCGACAGUUGGACAGGAACCGAUCCUCUUCUCCACCACGAUUGGCGAGAAUAUUCGCUAUGGUAAACCUGAUGCAACGGAUAAAGAUGUAGUUGCGGCAGCAAUGCAAUCUGGCGCCCAUGACUUCAUAGACAAAUUACCACAAGGAUAUAACACAAUGGUCGGCGAAAAAGGUUCACAACUCUCCGGCGGUCAAAAGCAAAGAAUCGCGAUUGCUCGUGCAAUGAUUCAAAAUCCAAAAAUACUAUUGUUAGAUGAAGCAACAAGUGCCCUUGACUAUCAAUCCGAAAAAUUUGUGCAGGAAACUCUAGAUAAAGCGAGUAAAGGUCGCACAACAAUAACUGUAUCGCAUCGAUUGUCUGCCAUUCGAAAUGCAGAUCGGAUUUUAUUUAUUGAUAAGGGUUUGGUUAUCGAAGACGGAACACACAAUCAAUUGAUUGCGAUGAAAGGUCGAUACUUUGAAAUGAUAUCAGCCGGCAGUUUAGAAGACGGAAACAAAGAUGAUCUCAAUAAUAAUAUUAAAGAAAAAGUAAACGAAUGUCAAGAUGUUCAACAAAAGGUUGGCAUAAAUAAACAAUUGUUCAAUGAUCAAUAUGAUGAACAAAACUAUUUCCGCGAUUUAUCUGUGGAUGAUAUGGAAAAGGAAACAAAGAAAACGGGAGAAAGUAUUCAAUAUUGGACCGUUUUCAAACGUAUUUUAAGUCUGUCGAGGCCGGAAUGGUUGAUCAUGUUCUUGGCUACAAUAUGUGCAUGUCUCAUCGGCGCUACACUACCUGGUUUCGCAAUUCUAUUCGGUGAAGUUUACGGCGCAUUGUCAUUAGAAGAUGCGAAUGAGGCACUCAAUAAAACAUACAUAAUUUGCACUGUGUUUUUGCUGGUCGGCGUAGUUACAUUCAUCUCGGCCACAUUACAAACAUAUUGGUUCUCAAAAGCUAGCAUCAAUCUGGCUACACGAGUUCGAUCAAUGACGUUUGCGGCAUUUAUGCGUCAGGAGUGUGGUUGGUUUGACGAUAAAAAUCAUUCAAUUGGGGCGCUUUCAGCUCGACUUACUGGUGACGCCGGAAAUUUACAAGGAGCAAUUGGUUAUCCACUAAGUGUUAUCUUCCAAUCGAUUUCCACAUUUUUCAUCGGAAUCAUCGUGGCAUUUGCUUAUUCUGUGAAACUAUCAUUUUUAUGUAUUGCUGCAAUCCCGUUAUCAUUAAUCACGGUUAUUCUAGAGGCUAAACAUAUGUCUAAGACAACACUUCUAGAAAAGCAAUCAACCGAAAUUGGAACGAAAAUUGCAACAGAAGCAAUUUCCAAUAUCCGAACAGUCGCUGCUUUAAGACAAGAAAAGUACAUGAUUGAUCGGUACGUGACUGAAAUGACAAAAGUUUCAAAAAUGAUACGAAAGAAAAUAAUAUGGCGUGGUUUGGUUAAUUCAGCGGCACAAUCGAUUCCAUUCUUUGCCUAUGCAGCUGCGCUCUGUUACGGAGGAUUUCUGGUAGCCAACGGAGAAAUUCACUUCAAAAAUGUCAUCAAAGUGACCGAGGCACUACUUUACGGAACCAUUGUCAUGAGUCAAAGUUUAAUCUUUGUGCCAUCGUUCACAGCAGCAUUUGUUGGUGCACAUCGAGUAUUCCAAAUAAUUGAUCGAGUUCCAAUGAUUUGUUCGCCGACCGUGGCCAACAAGAGUCGAAAACCAGAUAAAAACAAUAACAUUGAAUACAAAAAAAUUGAUUUUCGAUAUCCAAUGCGGCCAGACAUUCAAAUUCUUAGGGAUUUCAAUUUGAAUGUAAUUGAAGGCAAAACUAUUGCUCUCGUAGGCCCAUCAGGUUGCGGCAAAUCAACAUGCAUCCAAUUAUUACAAAGGCUCUAUGAUCCCGAACGUGGUCGUAUUCAUAUUGGUUUGGAUGAAAUAUCCAGUGAUAUAUCGCUGAAAGAUUUGCGAUCGAAAUUAAGCAUCGUGUCUCAGGAGCCAACUCUAUUUGACAGAACGAUUGCCGAAAAUAUCGCGUAUGGCGACAAUUCACGAGACGUUUUAAUGGAAGAGAUAUUGGCCGCGGCCAAAGUUGCUAAUAUCCACAAUUUCAUCAUUCAAUUGCCAAUGGGUUACGAAACGAAUGUUGGCAGUAAAACAGCUCAACUUUCUGGCGGACAAAAACAAAGAAUCGCAAUUGCACGUGCCCUAAUACGAAAUCCAAAAAUCCUUUUAUUAGACGAGGCUACAUCAGCGCUAGAUUUGCACAGUGAACAAGUGGUCCAACAAGCCCUGGACUCAGCACGAUCAGGCCGAACAUGUUUGGUAAUUGCGCACCGAUUGAGUACAGUGCAAAAUGCCGAUGCAAUUUGUGUUUUACGUGGUGGAAAAAUUGUUGAAUAUGGAACUCAUAACGAACUCUUAGCAUUGGGUGGUCUUUACACGCGUUUGUACAACGCUCAGAAAUAAUAAUAAUUGUUGAAAAAAAUUCAAAAAAAUUGGCGUCAUGUAUUUUUCUGUUUUAAAAUUGUAUAUUCUGUAAAGCCUGAAAUUCAGCAAAUUUUAUAAUCAAAACAUUUAAUCAAAUGAACUUACUCAAUGAUUACAGAUUUAAAAAACUAUUCUUUACCGCCAUAGAAAGUUGAUUUGUAUCUUCUUUACGAUAGUUAUUAAAUAAUCAGAUAUAUUUGUAUUAGAAAACAAAAGUCAAAUUAAUUUAGUUAUGAUUUUGCCAAAUGAAAUUUCCUUCGAUUGAGUUAAAAUUGAAUUCUUUUAUUGUUAUAGUUUUUUUUGUAACUUAUCUCCACUAGAAUGAUAAAGCAUUAACAUAAUUCUGUUGAUUGUAUCGAAUGUGAACAAAGACUAUAGCAAACAAAUUUGUAAUGUUUUUAGUACAUUCUAACGUUGAAAAAUGCAACGUUUUGGCCCAUUCAUUAUAUUGUUUAUAUUUUCUA